AGGCUCCUUCGAUGCGGGUUGAGCGGCGGCGAGGACGGACAGCGGUAUCACCGCCCGUUAGGAAGCGGCGCCGAGAUUCCGCUCUAUGACUUGGUUUCAAAAUGUCUCAGAAACAGAAGAAGAGGAAAGGCUUUCGACAGAGAUCACCACCUGUCCUUGAAUACUUGCAGGGUAUUCUUCGCAAAUACCCAGAUGGGGGUCAGAUCUUAAAAGAGCUAAUUCAGAAUGCAGACGAUGCAGGUGCCAAAGAGGUGAUCUUACUCUAUGAUGAUCGGAGUUUUGGAACCCAGACCCUUUUUUCUGAGGGGCUGAAGAGUGCCCAAGGCCCUGCACUUUUGGCCUACAAUAAUGGCGUCUUCUCUCAGGCUGAUUGGGAGGGGAUCCAGAGUCCAGGCAUCAGCCAGAAGAAGGAGGAUCCCAAUACAGUUGGACGCUUUGGUUUGGGCUUUAAUUCUGUCUACCACAUCACAGAUUUCCCAUCUAUACUCUCUGGUGAGUGUUUGGGAGUGCUGGACCCACAAGAAACAGCAUUAGAUGAAGGUGGUGAGCGCUGGGAUGUAGAUGAAUGGGAAGGAGUAUCUGAUCAGUUCCAGCCUUUUUGGGCAGCACUGGCAUCGCUUGGCAAGCCUUGCCCUACAGCUGAAGGCCAUUUCCCUGGCACCCUGUUUCGUUUCCCAUUGCGUCAAAGUCCAUCAAAGAUCUCCGAAAAUCUCUACAGUCCAGAACGGGUGCAGGAAUUGCUGCUUACAUUCUUGAAAGAUGCCCCCAUGAGUUUGCUGUUCCUCAGGAAUAUCCAGAAACUGAUGUUGGGCCUAGUUGGAUCCGACGGUACCAUCAGUGAACUGCUAAGGGCGGAGGCCACCGUUCGUCCACUUAAGGGCUCAGGCAGUCUUGAAAGUGUCACUUGCACCAAAUUGAACAUGGCUGGCCACAUCAAAACAUUGACUCUAGGUGGCACUGGGAUGAGAGAGGCCACCGCUUGUGACUGGCUGGUGUUGUCCGCCGAAGCCAAAAAGGAGUCCUUUCCAGAGCUGUGGAGUCUUGCUGACAAGGUGAGGUCCCGGCCUGCGUUGUCACUGGCUUACUGUUUGCAAGGCAAGUGCACUGGCCGUCUCAGUUGCGUCUUGCCACUUCCUGCCACAGAGGAGAACACAACCGGAUUGCCACUGCACAUCAGUGCCCCUUUCCAGUUGACGGAUGACCGCAGGCAUGUGCAGUGGUCUGAAGAGGGGUCUCAAGCACGAGGAGCUGAUGGCCGCUGGAACCACUUGCUUCUUGAGGAGAUGCUUCCUGAUGCUUAUUGUCAGGUGGUAUCGCUGGCAUCUGACUUCGCCAGUGAACCAUACGGGGCCUGGCCAGAUCCGGAUCAAAGCCAACAACUCCGAUACAAGCCUUUAAUAUCUCAUAUAUGUCAGAGGCUAAUGGACAUGAAACUCUUAGUACGAGCUGGAGAUGGGGAUCCCCGCCUGCUUCACCCUCGGGAGGCCAUCCUCUUGCCAGAGAAAGUGGCAGAGAAGUCAGUGGGUCGAGUGCUGGAGAAAGCCCUGACUUUGGCAGGAGCAUCAGUGGCAUCUGUUCCUCUCCAUGUUCGCAGAGCGCUGGCGUUGGGUGCCAAUAAUGGGCCAGCCGUGCAGGAGGCCACAGCCACGUUGGUGAGAGAGACCCUGCGAAGGGCUACCAGUGUCUGGAGUGGACUAAACCUUUUGGAGAAACGGUUGCUGUUAGAGUAUGUGGCUGGAGAUGGGUGCUACCAAGAACUGAAAGGUCUUCCCCUGCUGCCAACAGCUGAUGGACGCUUUACAUGGUUUGGGGAACCAGGGGAGACCAUCUUUGUUGAGAGCCAGAACUUUCCAAGGAUCCUAUUGCCUGGUCUAGCUCAUCGGUUCCUGCCCAAAGAUCUCAAGCCUGAGCUUCUGGAGCAUCUGCAAGCAAUUGCAAAAAAAAGAUUAUUCAGGAACCUGCUCUUCUUGGAUCAAACUAACAUUCAGCAGAACUUUCGUGACUCUCUCCCCAAAGACUGGGUCAGCAGUGUGUCAGCUCCUGUAAUCUGGUAUCCAGCAAAAAACCUACAACAUCCCCCUCUUGAGUGGCUUACCACUUUCUGGAGCUUCCUGAACCACCACGCUUCCUCGUUGGCACCCUUCGAAGGGUGCCCAAUGAUUCCAUUGACUCCUCUGAGCAACUCCUUCGAUGGCAUCCAACUGGCACGGCUUUUGCCUCAGCCUGUCCUGUUGUUUUGGCGCCACAAUGGGCACUGCUUGCCAGAUGAGGUGGCUAGCCUUCUGGAGACACUGGGGUGUACUGUGAUCCGGAGCUGGGAGCCAGACUGGUCCCACCACCAACUGAGAGAAUAUAUUCUUGAACCCACGCCUUGCAGCGUCCUUCAGGCUUUUGUCCAUUUGGGGGUAGCAUCUGUGGCUAGAUGCCUAACAUCCCUGUCCACCCAGCGGAUUGACAGUCUGGUCACCUUUCUCUCCAAGGCUGCAUCAUUUUCUCAAAGGGAAAUUGAAGUUCUGAAGGAACUGCCGUUGUUCUUCAAGAUGCCAUCCCUCCUUCCACCCUCCUUGUCUGGCUUGGUGGCAGCUCAAAGCUAUUUGACUUUAGAAAAGAACUUGGUCCCACCAGUGCCCAGCAAUCUGUUGACUCCAGAGCCCAUAUUGUUGUGUCGUAAUGAAGCUGAGCGUCGCCUGCUUGUGCAAAUCCGGGGACAUCUUGUGGGCACACCUGAUCUAUGUCUGUUGUGUGUAAAAGCAAUGAAGAAGGGGCAAUAUGCCAGUCGGGCAGAGGAUGCCAAAAGGCUAAUGCUGUGGAUAUUAUAUAACGGGGACUCCCUUUUCAGCCAGAGCCGGGAAUUGCAAUCUCUGUGCUGUGACCUUCCUUUUGUGGAAUGUGGAGCAGGAGGGUUGAGACGGCCUAUUGAUCUCUAUGAUCCCGAGAACCACACUUUACAAGCCUUAUUAAGACCUUGCCACUUUCCCACAGGCUCUUUUCGGGAGACGGCAGCAUUGCGAACCCUUCGUACGCUGGGACUAAAACCCGAUCUCAACAGCAUUGAUCCAACAGAUGUGUUAACGGCUGCAAAGGAGGUGAGUCAAGCCCAAGGGGCUGCCGUUGCCACUGCCAAGUCUCAGGCACUCGUCCGGAUUUGCAACGAGACCUCUCUGCUGUCCCGCUGCUGUUCACAAGAGAUGAAGCAGCUGCGGUCCUUACCUUGGGUGCCCGCCACCAAUGCCUCCAGUCUCAGGUCAGCUGAACGCUUCUCGGCUCCUGAAUCGCUUCGCUCAGAGAAGUACUCUGCUCUUGUGGGCCUGGUCAUGGGACUGACGAAUGCUUUUUGCCCACAAGCUGCAGAGAAAUUGGGUCUGGAGCGUUUGCCUCCACCAGAGAAGGUAAUGGAAAAUCUAGCUGGCCUGGUACAAGCUUUCGACUGCAAAGUGACCCCAGAGUUAACGGCAACGUUGCACAGCAUUUAUAGGCACAUGCAGCAGCAGGCGAGAGAUUUCCAGAAGCCACCUGCAGGCCCUGCCAUAUGGAAUGGCAGUGGCUUCUCAAUGCCCGCAGAUAUUGUGUUGGCCUACCCUGAAGGCUUGGAUCUCGAGGCCCUGAUGCCCUGUGUUCCCCCAGAUUUUCAACAGUACAAGAAGCUCUUUGCAGCAUGGGGCAUGCGCAGGUUACCAAAACAGGAAGAUAUAUGUCAGGCUCUUCAUGUGUUGGCGGAUAAAAUCAACCUCCGGCCUCAAGGCGGCACACGGGCCGAGCUGCUCCUCACGAUAGCUGUCUUGGAUUGGCUUUGUGCUUGCGGUCAUCAGGGAGAAAGGGAAAUGCCUGUGCCGGUGAGGAUUCCGGGAUCCGCUGGCUUUGUUCUUCGCCCGGCCGGAUCAGUGCUAUACUGUGACAUGGAUCGGGCCAAGCUCACUGAGCUGGAUGGAGCCCCACCAACUUUGGUACACGAGUCUGUUUCCAUUGCCACAGCUGCCUUUCUUGGCAUAGAGAUGCUGAGCACAAAGUUGUCGGGCUUAGAACUGUUUGAAGUGUGGGGCCCUUCAGAACCCAUUACUCUGCGGAUCCGCAACAUCCUUCGCGAGUACAGCCAGGAUGCAGAUAUUUUCCAGGAACUGCUGCAGAAUGCAGAAGAUGCUGGUGCCCAGACGUGCCGCUUCUUAGUGGAUCUCCGUCAGCAUAAUGGCACCACAGAAGGACUCUUGGACCCUGGCAUGGCCGCCUGCCAUGGCCCAGCGUUUUGGGCCCAGAACGACGCAUUGUUCACUGAGUCAGAUUUUACCAACAUCAUCCGGCUAGGUGCAGCCACCAAGGAACGGCAGAAUAACAAGAUUGGCCGCUUUGGGCUGGGUUUCUGCACCGUCUACCAUGUGACUGAUAUACCUUCUCUCGUCAGUGGAGGCACCAUGCUCAUCUUUGACCCUAACGUAACCCACCUCCAAAAGCAUAUCCGUAGCUCAGCCCAGCCGGGCAUCCGUUUGAAUGUGACAGGGCCAGUGGUCACUGUGUUCCCUGAGCAAUUUCGACCUUUCAGGGGAGUUUUUGGGUGCCAAGCUGGGGAGGCUUACCAAGGCACACUCAUCCGCCUGCCCUUCCGCACGGAGCAGGAAGCAAAAGACUCUCGGAUCUGCCCUGAGCCCUUUGGACCUGAUCAAAUCAAAGCGCUGCAAGCCAGUUUUCAAGAAGUGUACCAAUACCUGCUGAUCUUCCUAUGCAAAGUGCGAGAGGUAUCACUCUCCCAACUCCCAGUUGGUUCCACUUCCCCAGAAACUGCUGAACCAUUGGCCAGAGUGAUAAAGGAAGCACUUAACGAAAUGGGUGGGCCCAAUAUUGUGCAACUGACAGCAAUGUGGGGGUCAGAUGUGGCUACUAACUAUUACUUACUACACUCAUGCUCGGCUAAGGGAGAAGCCCAGGAGAUGUUUGAACAGGGGGGAGAAGAGGGUGUCCAUUUCUCGCCUCCCAUUGCUGAUGUGGCCUUGCCCCUCUGCCCUGCCUCGACUGCUGGACAAUGGGCCCCAGAUGUAGAUGGCUUUCAGGGCCGUGUCUUCUGCUUUCUGCCUCUCCCUAUUGAAUCCGGCCUCCCACUCCAUCUCACAGCCCCUUUUGCUGUGCUUAGUAAUCGCAAGGGACUUUGGGAUGCCACAGAGAAGGGCAAGUGGAACCGGGCACUUCUUCGUGAUUCAGUGCUGGGUGCUUGGCUUGGGGCAUUGCCCCAACUCCGGGACAUGUGCAAAGAAGGGCGGUUGGAGGACUAUAAGUACUACACUUUUUGGCCUCAUGUGUUGAGGGCCAAGCACCCUUUCAGUGAAACUGCCAAGGCCUUCUACCAAGUAUUAGUUGAUGGCGUUGAUGGAAAGCAGCCAGUUCUGUUCUCCGAUGGACAGAGAUGGUGUUCAGCCAAGCAUGCCUGUUUUCUGGAUGCUGAUGUUAUCCUUGAGAAGCCGUUGAGUUCUAUAGCUGCCAGGAUCUUCUCUUCACUCUUGCGGGAACCACAGAUUGCAGUGUCUCUUCCAAACUGGGUGAAGAUGGGUUUUGAAACGUGUAUCGGAACAGAUGUGUUGUUGCCGAACACUUACAACUGGCCCCGAUUCCUCAGGGAGCUUGUUUUACCAAACCUUGCUCAGCUACCAGUUCCUGAUCGUGACACCCUGAUUCUUCAUGCACUAGAUAUGAAUCACACCAGUGUGGAUCAGAUCCUGAUUGCCCUGCCUUGCAUUCCUACCACUCCUAAUGGGCAUUUGAAAAAUAUUAAAGGACUGGUGCACCCAAGAGGUUGCGUUGCACCUCUCUAUACCCCUGAGGAUGGCUGCUUCCCCAUGGGAGAAAAGUUUCUGGAGCCAAAGAGACUGUUGCGCUUGGAGCAUCUUGGUAUGAUCAAAGAUGGGAUAACAAUUGAGGAACUGAUAAGCCGAGCAAGAACUGUAGAAGCCUUAUGGCAUCAGGAUCAACGCAAAGCCUGCCAGCGAGCCCACUGUAUCUUAGGUCUCCUUGAUGACCACAUCCAAGAAAGUUGUAGCAAUACAACUCAGGCCCGAUUCAGAGACAUCUGCUUUUUGCCAGCAUUGCUUCCAGGUAACUGCCACAAACUCUGUCGUCCCAGUGAAAUUUACGACUACAAGAUGCAUCCACUGGUGGGCUUGACUGAACCUGUCCUGGACAAGGAGGUUCUUAGUAAAAGUUUGAAACUCUCAAGUGAGCUGAAGGAGUUCUUAGGACUGAGUCGCCAGCCGCCAGUUGCUACAGUGCUGAGACAACUGGAGGCAGCGUCAUGUAACUCCAAUGCCCUGUCCAGGACAGAGCUAGUGAAGAUAGCAAAAUACUGCUAUGCCUUCCUAAAUAAAGAGGUGCAAAAGAACCCUCCAUGCAAGGUAGAGAUAUCUCAAAGGGUUCAAACAUUCCCUUUUGUCCUAGUGGGUACCGACUUUGUGCCUGUGCACAGAAUGGCCUACAACUUGGCUUUUGAUGGUGCUCCAUACCUCUUCCACCUGCCCGAAGAGUACCAGGAGCAAAAGGAGCUGUGGAAGUGUGUGGAUCUGCCCGACACUUUCAAAGUGGAAGACUAUGUCACUGUGUUGCAAACUCUGGCCAAGAAUGCAGCCGGAGAGUCUCUUCCCAAAGAACAGAUGGAUCUAGUAGUUAGGCUGAUCACUGUUGGGAUAGCUGAAGCCUUGCCAGAAGGUAAGCAGCUGAAUUCGUAUGAGACCCAGAGCAUAUUUUUCCCAGACCAAGACAAAGUCUUGCAUCCAGUGCACAAAAUGCACUUUGAUGACACGCCCUGGCUGCCACGUGAGAAUGGGACACUACUCUGCCACACCUCAAUCCCACGGGAAAUUGCCAUACGCUGCGGUAUCCCCACCACAAAGCACCGUGUUUUGUCACGCCGGAGGAUUCAUGGUCUUUCUGCCUGGGCUACAGAUUUUGGAGCAAAAGAAGAUCUCUGUACUCGAAUAGCCAACAUCCUCCGUGAAAACUCUUCUUCACGGGAUGUGUUGAAGGAGAUGCUGCAGAAUGCAGAUGAUGCUGGUGCAAGUAUUGUCCAUUUUCUUUGGGAUCAGCGUCAACACCCGACUGAUCGCAUCUUUAGCGAUGAGUGGAAGGCUCUUCAAGGACCAGCGCUUUGCAUCUACAAUGACCAGACAUUCCAGAUGAGUGACAUUGAAGGGAUCCAGCGCUUGGGCUGUGGUAGCAAAGGUGGGAGGCUGGAUGCAACUGGCAAGUAUGGCCUGGGCUUCAACACAGUUUUCUACUUGACUGACUGUCCUGCUUUUGUGACAGGCAACAGUGCUCUAUGUGUCUUUGACCCCACAUUACAUUACCUCCCCAUUUCUGAUGAGUUCUCACCUGGUGGAAUGUUCAGCCUCACUAAAGAUUUCAAAGAAACAUUUCGUGAUGUUUAUGAUGCCUUUGUGCCUGGUGUAUUCGACCUGGAACAUGGCACACUUUUCCGAUUACCCUUACGAACACCUGAUGGUGCAGCCUCUUCCCGUAUCUGCCAGUCCUUUGUGUCUGAGGCAGACAUGGAAAAGAUGGUGUCAGCUCUCAGAGAGGAAGCAGACUGCCUUCUGAUGUUCCUCAACCAUGUUCAUUCUAUAGUUUUCUCUGUGAUAAGCAAGGAGAGCGGGGCACCAAAGAAGGUGCUGCAGGUGGAGAUGAAAGGUGGUGAGACUAAAAGACUGGAAUAUCAAAAACAUCUCCAACAGAUGGCUGCAACGGAUGGCAUGGAUGGGAGCAAGCCAACAAGAGUGUUCUACAAAAUGCAGGUGAUCAACAGCAUCUCCGGUGCUUUUAGCAGCUGGCUGGUUGGGAGACAGAUUGGGAUGAAGAGCACAGAUACCACAGAGGGCUUGCUGCUGCCACAUGGUAGUGUGGCUGCUUGUCUUGAUGGACAACCACCUGGCAGGGCCUUUUGUACACUUCCUCUGCCAGUGAGCACAGGCUUGCCUGUCCACAUCAAUGGGAACUUUGCAGUGGAUUCAGCUCGACAGGACUUAAGGAAGGAUGACCAUACCAAUGUGACAUGGAAUCGCUCACUGCUUCGGUGUCUUGUGGCCCCUUUGUAUUGUCACCUACUUGAAAAGCUACGCUGUGCACUGGGGGAUGUGCCACUGCAGUUCGAUUCCUUGAGGAGAUGCCAGCAAAGCCUAAAUUCAAAGUAUCUUCAGUAUUUCCCAUUAGUGACAAAGGAUGUUCCCCCACUUUGGCAGGAGCUGGUGACCCAUGUGUAUGAACUGGCAUAUGAAAGGCAACUUCCAUUGGUCCCAGUGUACCAGAAGCAGAUUAAGUUUAUUGGUGGACAUAUGAUAGAAUCUGUGAGUGUGGAUUGGAGUGCACCAAAAAUUGGCUGCCCAGUUAGAGAUCCCUAUUUCCUGCAGUCUGAGAUAGAAGAUGAACUCUUUGAGGUGACUCUCCAGAAUCUGGGCAUGCGCUUAGUCCCUGCCUUUCAGCACCUGGAGGAGAUCCGCAACCAAUUUGUCAAUGCAGGAAUUAGUGUCCUAACUCUUGAUUCUUCUUCUCUUUGCUGCUUCAUGAAGAAUCUGCCUACCUUCUACCUGCCAUGUCCAAUUAAUCAAACACUGGUGAAGGACACUUGCAGAUGUUUUGCCCUUCUGGACUUCUGCCUUAGCAAACUUCCUUCUGAGAGGACAGAUUGUGUGGAAGGUCUCCCUUUACUGGUGACGAAGGAUAACAUGCUGAGGUGCUUCAGUCAGCAGGCCCCUGUAUACUGCAGCAGCGCUUCUCAACUUUUCCCACACCAUCAGGACCGUUUUUUUGACUGCUUCACUCACAGUCUGGUCACUUCGCAGUUAGUAAGGAUGGGCUUCCUAAAAGAUUUUGCCCUUUCUGAUUCAGUGUUGUACAUCAGAGAGAUGCUGGCACGGGAUAGCUGGGUUGAUGACUCUAAACGCCAGAUUUGGCUACGUGAAGUGUGGGUUUUCUUGGAGGCACAGAUUUGCAACUUAAAGGAUCAGGACACAAUGAAACAGAAGUUUGAAGAGCUAAUCUCCUUUUUCAAAGACUGUGCUGUGCUCCCUGUGUGUGGCAAAAGUAAGUUUUUGGUUCCUCUUGCAUCCCUCAGCAAGAUUGUUCCUUACAGUUCAAGUGAAGUUCCCAAAAUCCUGCAAAAGCUGGGUUUUAGCAUGCUAGAUAUAUCCCUUCUGCCUCCAAAUCUCACUGUAUACUGUAUUAAUCCACAUUUGUUGCAGACCGAGAACCCUGCUUCAGUUUUGGAGCAACUGGCUGCCCACAGUAAUCCCUGUUGGAAGCUACUUUACAAGUGGGAGUUGAAUGCACUUUUGAGAUUCUUGACAGGCGAUCUGCAGGCUUUGGUGAAGGACCGUGAAUCACUUGCUAAGUUGAAAGCCUUGCCUCUAUUUGAGACUCAUCAAGGAAAGCAUGUUCCACUGACCUCAUAUAAACACAUAUAUUGCCUUCAGUCAAAGAUUUCAGAGGAGUCCAAGGCCCUUAAGAAGCUUUAUGAGGUGGACGAGAAGACGGUUUUUCUCAGUGACAGUCAAUUGAACAAACGCCUCAGUAAGCAUUUGGGUAUUGAUGUACUGAAUGAUUUUCAGCAGUUUGUCCAGCAGCUUUUGCCUCUAUUAUCCUCUCUCCCUGAGGCACGUGUAUUAGAGGCUGUGAAAUUACUCCUCAUCCUCAAGAAACAUUAUUAUCAAGACUAUGAGGCUGGAAAAAAGAUUGUGCUGUCAACGUUCCGCUCUUUGGCCUUCAUCCGAGACAAGCAGGAUGUGCCACGUCAAGUAUCCUACUUCUAUGAUGAGGAUGAAAUGCUUUCCCUGUUGGGACUGAGUUUUCGGUUUGUGCCAAACGAGUUCUAUGAAUCUGUGCGUACAAUGAGAGAUGGGCCAAAGGAAAAAGUCCUAUUUAGUAGAUGGGAGGUAAAAGAAUUCUUAAUCAAUUUGGGCCUGCAGAAGGAUAUAUCUGAGGAAGACUUUUUGAAAUGUGCUACCCAAGUUGAAAGAGAAGCACUGAGAGAUGGUGCUACAUCCAAUGAUCUCCCUAAAAGAAGAGAAGAACUUUGGAAACACCUCCUUUCCAGAUCAAAUGAAACGCUUUCAGAUGCCUUCCUGGAAAAAGUGGCCAAGGUCCGUUUCCUAGUGUCACAAUCCAUAGCUGAUGAUCUGUGUUGUCUUCAUCCACCCUGUGUCCCACAUGACACCCCUGUUGCACCUCAAGGUUCUCUAUAUACUCCACACUGUGUUGAAUUAUCCUGGACCUCAGCAGUUACUCUGCCUUCUGUUUUAUCCUGGACCUCAGCAAUUACUCUGCCUUCUGUUUUACAUGCUAGAGAAGACAUUCUGAAACGACUUGGAGUGUUGUGCACCUUGCCAGCUCAUUUGGUCUUGAAAAAUCUGAGCAAUGUGUGUCAAGUGUCAUGUAAUACCUUGAAGACCAAGAAAACUAGAACAAAGGUCCUAAUAUCAAUUUAUACGUUCCUGUCAGGACAGAGAAAAUUAGAAACCGCCUGCCUGGAAGGACUGCCUGUAGUUCUAGUGGGAAAUGAUGAGAUAGCAGAGGCUAAAAAUGUGGUGGUCUCCUUAAAAUGUGCAGAUGACUUCCGGCCAUACCUCUACAAGCUGCCCGCAAAGAUGAUUGCCUAUCUGGAUCUCCUGGAGAAAAUUGGUGUGCAAGCAGAGCCAAGCAUCUAUCAUUAUGCCAGCAUUUUAGCCAGGAUUCAUGAUGAGACAGCAGAGCGGAACACACUUCAUGCCAACCUCACUAAAGCUGUGCUCAGGGCCACUCAGUUCCUCUUCCAGCUCCUAGAUGAAUCGGAGGAGCCUGCAGAUCUCUCCAAAUUGAAAGAAUUGUACUUGCCUUGCACUGAUGGGAAGCUGUACCCUUCAAACACUCUAGUAUUUAGUUUGUACUCCUCCCACCGAAAAGGUGACCUGCAGAGCACUUUCCACUUUCUGGUGGAUCUUUCAGUGUGCCACCUACCUUGUGAUCCGUAUCAGCAGUUGGCGCUUCUGCACCUUUUGCCCGAGGCUUUGAGACCCAAGAACCUGUCUGACCUAACUAGGGAGGAGCUGGAGAUGCCCAGUCUAAAACUGUGCCAUUAUGGAGAACACUGCGAGUUCCAGAACUACCUCAAAGAGCUACUCCAUUCUCCUGAGUUCCAGUGGGCUCUGACUGCGCUGCUGAAAUGGCAGGCCAGAACAAAGCCAGGAGAAGUAGAGAAAGUGGAAUGCGUGUGUGAUGAUCUCCUCUCACCUGAACAGCUAGAUGUGGUUUGUUGCGAGCAGAUCUGUACCAUAAUGGUGUACAAUUCAAAGGUUUUGGAGGGGACCAAGUGUGUCAGGUCAGUCCACGUUGAAACACUGCCGGAUGGCAAACGAAGGAUUUACCUUGCACACCAGGAAAGUAUGGAUUCAGUAGUGAUUGUGGAGGUCUCUGACAUCUUGGCCAUAGAAGUAAACAAACUUUUGGGAGAAAGACUUCAUGGUGAUGCCAUGACGGUCCUCAGGCAAAUUUUGGCUUGCCAGAAUCCUUGCAGAAUUGCAAAAGUACUAGAGAAGAAUCGAGUGCCCCUACAUGAACUCACGAAAGAAAAUGCGUAUGAUCUGCCACCCCCUGGAGAGGACAUCCCUGAGGAAUGGUAUGACAGCCUGGACAUGAGCAUUCUUCAUACUUUUAAGCCAGGAGAUUAUGUGGCUUACCUGGUCUCUUCCGAGCCCAGAGAGCAUUAUUGUUAUGCUGUUGUCCUGGAAGCCCUUGGGCCACAGCAGAGUGGUAGUGGCCAAAUAGAUACAUACCGUGUUGAUUUGGGAGGGCAGCAAGCAGAUCUCAGCGCCCAUGACCUUUACCACUUCCGAAAGAACAACCCAGUCCCUGACCGGAAGAAAUCUGUGGUCCCGGUGGGAAAUUCUCCAGGUCACAGCAGCCCUGCAACACCAGGUGUGAGUGGCGAAUGGUACCAGCGGCCUCUGGACGAAGUGAGGAAAGAAGUAGAUGCCUGCCUGGCUGAAAUUUGGAAUUUGUCACAGGAAGAAGGAAGAAAGGCCAUAAGAAGACUUUAUCUUUGUUACCACCCAGACAAAAACGUAGGUCAAGAAGCUUCUGCCAACGAACUCUUCAAGUACCUUCAGGAGAAGAUCAAGGAGAGAGAGAAAAGGGAGAGGCCUGAAGGGUCACCUCAGAGAAGUGGUUCUUGCAACAGAAGCUACUGGAACUUUUCAGAGUGUUGGGAUGAAUGGGAUCAGCAAGCUCAGUGGCAUCGUCGGAGGCGGCAGGAAUUCACCAGGCAAAGAGGUGGUGGUGGUGGUGGUGGUGGUGGUGGAGGAGGAGGAGGAGGAGGAGGAAGACACGGGAACUACAACUUCUGGUCAUUCCAUCAGAGGAGCCCAGGUUAUUCAAGGUAUCAGUCAAGGCAUCUGUGCCUGAAGGAAGCCAAGCGCUGGCUACGACAAGCAGAAUGUGAUCUGCAGGCAGCGGGAGGUGAUGCCGGAAAUGGUAGGACUGAAUGGCUACUUUACAAGACAUACCAGGCCAUUGAGAAAGCUCUGACAGCAGUUGAGUACAGCAAGGGAGGACGUUUUGACAAAAGCUUGUCUCUUGAAAUGCUGGCUGGUAAGGUCUCAUCCUAUGGAGAUGAGCUGGUGAAGUUGCCUGACCAGAUAGCUGAGCUCCGGAAUCAUGGCCUGGACAACAAGACCACCCAGUAUCCCAGCUACCACGAUUUACCCAUUAUUCCCAAUGAAGCCUUCCCUGCAUGCAAGGAGCAGGAUGUGUUGCUCUUAGCUCAGGAGAUCCUAAGCACUGUUAAGAUAUGGAUUGGCCUCUAAAGAAAGCUGAGGGGUUUUUGCUUCAAAAAUCUAAGGCAGAUAGUUUGCAUUUAGUACAGCUGUACCUGUAAUGAAAAGCUGAGGUUGGACAUUUUGAAACAGGAAGGACUUAAUGGACAUCAAAGCCAAUGUUUAAAAAAAAUUAAGCAACACAUUUCUAGCUUUGAAUUUUGUCUAAAUCCCUGGUGUAUCUUGGCUCCAAAGCUUUAGAAUCUUCCCUACAUAUAGAGGGCUUAUUGUUGAAUGUCUGAGGAUGCUCAAGAAUUCUCUCACUGAGAUACAUGUUUUCUUACAGGGAAAGCACAUGUAUAAAUAGAAUUCUUAAGGGUAAAUGUUGAUAUACUUUAGCAAACCCUCAUACUGAUUGAUGUCAGUACUUAGUAUUUGGAAGAUGCAUGUUAAUACUAACCUUGAUAGUGAGACUAGAUCACUGGUUCUCAACCUUGGCUUACUCAGGAGUUGUGGACUGCAACUCCCAGAAGCCUUCACCACCAACUGCUGGCUGGGGUUUCUGGGAGUUGCAGUUCAAAAACAUCCGAGUAACAAAGGUUGGGAACCUAGGGACUAGAUAACCAUUCCUGAGGACGGCUUCUUUGAUACUUUGUGUUUUGUGACAUUCUGCAUUAAUAAACUUUUUUGUAUCAGGAAAUGAGGAGACUGGUUGUAUGUUUAUGUGGGAUGAGGAGAAAAAGAAAAUUAAUGUUUUAUGAAAAGGAAAUGGUGCCCUUCCUGAACAUGACUAUAUUUUUAAAUUUCUGCAUAUAUGGUUCUUCUUAGCAAUUAUAGCUCAUUGAUUGGAACAAUGGCCAUGAAUUCGAAUCUCCAUUUUGGCCCAGAAGAGAGGGACCACUUGAGAUCAGUCAGAGCAUGAUUAGUCAGAGCUGAUGGAGUUACUUGCCUGCUAGAUGGGGAUCAGGGCAAGCUGCACGGUCCUGGAGCACCACAGAAGGAGGGAUUGAAAAAUCCCUUUGAAAAUUUUAUACAUAGAAAAUUCAGAGGGCUCAUCAUAAGUCAGAAUUUACUUUAGGCCAUGCAAUUAUGUAUUAGGGCUCCUCUACCCUGCCCAUAUGUUUUAGUGAUCCAUUCUUUAAUUCUCAAUCCCACAAGCACAACAAAUACAGUAGGUCGUGUUCUCCCAGAUGUCUCUUGAAUCCAGAACUUAAUGUUGCCUCUUAUUCUCACUUGAGCUUUGCUUCAAAUGUGUACCCUAGUCCUUCAUUCUCAGGGUGACCAGAAAUAGUUAAGAAACCAAAACUCCUGCAUUAUUGAGAGUUUACAAGGGAGGUUUGUGUAAUAAAUAUUGUGUUGUUGUUGUUUAGUCAUUAA